AUGGCCGCCACAACUAAGCCCUUGAUUUUGAUCACCGGUGCGAACCAAGGCCUGGGUUUCGCAACCGCAAAGCAGCUGGCUAGCACUGGAAAAUACAAUCUUCUUAUCGCCGCCCGCUCCCAGGAAAAAGCCGAAGGAGCAGUCAAGGAACUGCAAGAGUCUAGCGUUGAGGGCUCUUUGACGCCUAUUGUUAUUGAUCUCGACUCAGACGAAUCUAUCACUGCCGCAGCCAAGUUCGUCGAAGAAAAGUUCGGAUCACUGGAUAUCCUAAUCAACAACGCUGGCAUUAAUAGACCUGCCAACCCCAACGCUACCCUACGUGAGGCCUACCGAGCUGUAUUUGAAACCAAUGUAUUCGGUGUGGUAGUGAUGACCUCCACUUUCCUACCCCUGAUUCGCGCCUCAAAGUACCAUGACCGACGUAUUGUCAACGUGUCGAGCGGCCUAGGCCAGGUCGGCAUGGCGCUCUCUCCUACUUCAGAUUACAGCGCUAAAGUAUGGGACCUGCCCAUCUACCGCAGCAGCAAGUCAGCGAUCAAUAUGAUUAAUGCUGUUGAUGCUACUAUUCUCGAAAAAGAGAACAUUCUCGCUGUUCUCGCCGCCCCAGGCUACUGUCGCACUAACUUCGGUGGCGGUCAAGGUGUCAAAUCAGCAGAGGAGGGAGCUAGGCCUCUUGUGCGCGCUGCCACUGAGGGUAACCCCAAGGAGCUGUUUGGAACGCUUGUGGACGACGAAAAGACACUGGUCGAGUUUGGUUGGUAG